AUGGCCACUCUCCGUGUCCCAUCAUUUAUCUUACCAAUUUUGCUAAUAACUUUGUCUUCCUUAAGCUACAAUGCUUAUAUAAUGGGUGCUCGUCAUCUUUUAGAGACUCCAUUGCCGGAGAUACCUAAGCCUAAAUUGCCUGAGCUCCCGCCAUUGCCUAAGGUUGAAUUGCCACAAAAACCUGAGUUACCUGAGCUUCCGAAGCCUGAGCUCCCUAAAAUUCCUGAGCUCCCAAAGCCUGAGCUCCCCAAAAUACCUGAACUACCCAAAGUGCCAGAGUUGCCAGCAGUUCCUCAUUUGCCUGAUCCUCCUAAGCCCACAUUGCCCAAGGACUUCCCUGUGAUUCCUACGCACUCAACCACUGAUCCUUGA